AUGUCGGUGCGACCACCGUUCGGUACCAAGGGCGUUACCGAAGUGUGGGAUACCAUUCCGCCACAACGGCCAGAGAUCUUCGACGAGCGCGGCGUGAAACUGGGAGCUGUGGCUGGACCGUACGAGGAGGGAGGCAACGCGCGGCUCACGUGCAUCGUGUCUGGAGGGAGGCCGGAGCCGUCGGUGCGAUGGUGGCGCGGCGAGCGGCUGCUGGAGUCGCGGGAGCUGCCUGCUGGAACGCGCAUCCGCAAGCGGCUGCUUCUGGUGCCGCGGCUCUCCAGGGCCGACCUGCACGCCGCGCUCACCUGCCAGGCUGUCAAUAGCAACCUCACGCUGCCCGCCGAGGCCAGAGUCGCCCUCGACAUCAACUUCAGGCCGCUGUUGACGAGCAUCGAGCUGGAGGAGCAGCCGCUGUCCUCCGGACGCAGGUACCACAUCACUUGCCGGACGGUGGGGUCGCGACCGCCUGCCGCCGUCUCCUGGUGGCUGGACAACACGCGACUCAUCACCAGCACGGACCAGGUGUCCUCUGACAGCAACGAGACGCUAUCGACGCUGUCGCUGACGCCAUCGCAAGGCGACAACGGCCGCCUGCUCACGUGUCGGGCAGAGAACUCGCACGUGCGCGCCGGCAUCCAGGAGCACUCCGUCAAGCUGUCCGUCUACUAUGCGCCCACGAGCGAGCUGCGCCUGGGACAGCGGAUGCGCCCCGACGACAUCAAGGAGGGCAGCGACGUCUACUUCGAGUGCCGUGUGCGAGCUAACCCGCCGGCCUACAAAGUGACCUGGAAAUUCCAGGUAAGUGUGCGGACACUGCCACCGUCGUCAACGUGUCCGGCGCCGUGA